UUUCUUUGAGGUUAAAAGUGUUUAAAAGUGAAAAGUGUAGGCAAAGUGUGCAAAUCUUUUUUGUCUUUAAUUCUUUAUCAUAACUUCACCAGCCCUACUAAGCAGUUGUAUAGUAAAAAUUACGAAACUGUAAGUUGAAGCUGUACUUAUAGAAGGAAACCUAGCCUAUUUGCUACCUACCCAAAGGAUUUCUGUUUCUCUGUUUAAUUUCUUUGGAAAUGACCAGCAGGAAGUUGCCAAACAUUUUAAUAACUGGUACGCCAGGGGUUGGGAAAUCAACUUUAUGUGCUGAGAUAGCCAAGAGAACUGGUUUUGAAUGGUUAGAGGUUGGGAAGAUUGCUAAAGAACAUGAGUGCUAUGAAGGUUAUGAUAAUGUCUAUGAAUGCCCUGUGCUAGACGAGGACAAGCUACUAGAUGAGUUGGAGACCAGAGUAGCUCCUGGUGGAAAGAUUCUUGACUAUCACAGCUGUGAGUUUUUCCCUGAACGAUGGUUUGACGCAGUAUACGUCCUUCGAACUGAUACCAAGUACCUUUUUGACCGUCUCAAAGCAAGAGGUUAUUCAGGCAAGAAGUUUGACGACAACAUCCAGUGUGAGAUAUUUCAGACGAUUCUAGACGAGGCGAGAGAGUCUUACAAGCCUGAGAUUGUGUUUGAGCUGCAAAGUAACACUGACGAUGACACCGGAGCCAACAUAUGCACAGUUAUUGACUGGAUAGAGAAGUGGAAGAAAGACAACGGCAAUCACUGAUUUAAACAUUCUACACCUUAGUUCUACAAUGGCAGCAGUACUACAACGUCAACCUUUAACCAUAAAACAGCAGGUCGAAGAGUUAAAAAACUGGCACAAACAACAACAAAGUAAAAUAGAUGAUAAAACAGUAGAUAGAAACUCUACUAGUAGGGAAAUAAAAAACAAUGGUUAUUUUACAAACCCAUCUUGCGAAUCAAGCCCAAA